UUUGCUUCAUGUCAAACAUUCAACUGAUUUUGCGGUACUUACAACAUUAACAGCCUUGUUUUAAGACAAUGGUACCAGUGUGCAGUAAAAACAAAGCAGCGGCAGACAACCCAAAGGAUAAUCACUAUGCUGGACCCACUCGCAACGGAAGAGCAAAUGGCACCGGCCGGUACGUCACCAAAGAAGGCAUGGUUUAUGAAGGUGGUUUCGAGGAUGACCUUUACCAUGGAGUAGGCCAGAUAAUUUAUCCUGACGGAACACUGUUCAAAGGCACAUGGGAUCAUGGAAAGUUGAGCUCAGGUCACUUAGUCUUUCCAGAUGGACUGAUAUACGACGGCGGACUUCCCGGAUCGGGUCUGGCAGAUGCGAAUAAACCUUGGGGAUACUGCGAUGGGAACGAUCGGAGAUUUUGGAAAGAAAUCCAAAAUGACCUUAGUGGAAAACCGUCAUUAGUCGCGAAUCCACCCGCGCCGGUAAUUCCGGAAAACACGAUGGAUGUCGGACAUGGUUACUACGAUAUUGUCAGUCAUAAGGUGUAUCAUUACGAUGGCACAUUUAUGAGGAAUGUCGAUCUGAGCGAACAUUUUUGGAUAAUCUCCACGUGUCGAAAAGGAUGGGUGGAAGAAAUCGGACGGUCACCGACUACACAUUUCUAAGAUCACGAUUCCAUUAAUUUCCAUGCAAUAUUUAUAUGACCGGAGCAGCCAGAGAAUUGAAUUGGUUGCCAGCACUACCAAAGCAUUUUUUGAAUACGUAUACAGAUAUCUGUACAUGCGCUUUAUUCACCACUACCAUGUUUCUGUCAAGCUUAGAUUCCCGCGAAAUAGUAUAAAACUAGAAUAGC